UACGGAGAACGUUGAAGCCGGGCCUGGGUUGCGGGGUCAGAUGUACCUCUCACUGCGAGUUGCAUGGAAAAGCACGGAUACCGGCGGCUGGCUUUGGGAGUCUUGCACACCACGUCAAGCCCCUGCUAUCACCGGAUGGGGACUGAGUUCAGGAUCUCAGAUGCAUUCAGUCAUCACGUCUGCUGGUUCUCCUCUGGUCUGUGAGAGUUUCUCGGUCUUUCCUUCUUUUUCAUGACCUCGACGGAGGAGUACUGAUCAGGGAGGGCCUUUGUCCAGAGGGACAGCCACUUUGUUCUUGGAAUGUUGAGCCUUCUGUGGGCUCACACCUGCAACAUCGCCCUGCUUCCCACUGACUGGGAAGCAGCCCAAGUGAUUCACCAGCUCCACCUGUUUUGCCUCACUGCAGCCUCCCAAGAGAACAGCCCAUCUUCACCACGCGGGCGCACGUCUUCCAGAUCGACCCCAGCACCAAGAAGAACUGGGUGCCCGCCAGCAAGCAGGCGGUCACCGUUUCCUACUUCUAUGAUGUCACCAGGAAUAGUUACCGAAUCAUCAGCGUGGAUGGAGCCAAGGUGAUUAUAAACAGCACCAUCACACCCAAUAUGACCUUCACCAAGACGUCGCAGAAGUUCGGGCAGUGGGCUGACAGCAGAGCCAACACAGUGUUUGGCCUGGGGUUUUCCUCGGAGCAGCAGCUGACAAAGUUUGCAGAGAAAUUCCAGGAGGUAAAAGAAGCUGCCAGACUAGCCAGAGACAAGUCCCAGGAGAAAAUCGAGACCUCGAGUGACCAUUCCCAAGCGUCCAGCGUCAACGGGACAGACGAUGAGAAGGCCUCUCACGUGGGUCCUGCUGACACACACCUCAAGUCUGAGAAUGACAAGCUGAAGAUCGCCUUGACACAGAGUGCCGCCAACGUGAAGAAAUGGGAGAUGGAGCUGCAGACCCUGCGUGAGAGCAACGCCCGGCUGACCGCGGCGCUGCAGGAGUCGGCCGCCAGCGUGGAGCAGUGGAAGAGGCAGUUCUCCAUCUGCCGCGACGAGAACGACCGGCUCCGGAACAAGAUUGACGAGCUGGAAGAGCAGUGUAGCGAGAUAGACAGAGAGAAGGAGAGGAAUACGCAGCUGAAGAGGAGAAUCGAGGAGCUGGAGUUGGAACUGCAGGAGAAGGAGACGGAGUUGAAAGACCUCCGCAAACAAAGUGAAAUCAUACCUCAGCUCAUGUCGGAGUGUGAAUACGUCUCUGAGAAGUUAGAGGCGGCAGAGAGAGACAAUCAGAACCUGGAGGACAAGGUGCGGUCCCUAAAGACCGACAUUGAGGAGAGUAAGUACCGCCAGCGCCACCUGAAGGUGGAGCUGAAGAGCUUCCUGGAUGUGCUGGACGGGAAGAUCGACGACCUGCACGACUUCCGCCGGGGCCUCUCCAAGCUGGGGGCCGACAACUAGGGGCGGUGGGGGGACGGGGCGGGGGCGUCCUCCCGGUGGUGUCACCUCUGUCCGCGUGGGUGCAGGUUGUCGCGUUGGCGCGCCGGUGGGGCCGUCACUCUUGCCUCCCUGGCCUGGCCAGGCUGCGGACCCGGGAAGCCGCUGGCUCAGGAGCCCCGCGCCAGGCCCUGCUUACACGUUUACGCGGUCAGGGCAGGGGUGUUUGUGUCUUUCUCAAGGGCUGUUGCAACCACACCAACUGGACAAAGUGUUUUCUAAUCCAGAUACGAACACCCUUUACACCUCCUUUUUCUGAAGAGUGAUGAGAGUAUUUGAACGUCCUCCAGGCACCAGUGCGGGGGGCACGGGGCGUUGAGGGGGGACAGCUGCCCCCUCGGUCAGAACCAAGAUGCUUUCAAGCAGCUACUUAGUAGAGACUCGUCCUGAGAAAGAAAACAGGUCUCUGGUGGGCGCACGGGGAUCUCCCGCAUCCACUCUACCCCCUUCCUCCCACCUCCAGUUUGUAGGGUUGCGACAACGUUCCUUUCCUGGGUUUUAAUUUCUGAGCAGAUUGCUGCGCAGUGAGGGUGCCUGGCACAGUGCCUGGCACGAAGUAGGUGCUUAAUAAAGUGCUUAAUAAAUAUUUGUUCAAUUAAACAUA